AUGGGGGGCUCGGUUAUCGAUUUGGAUAUAUGGACAAGUCGUCUGAAGAUACUCAGUGAAAUGGAUAAGAAGAAAGCGUUCGAUGACACUGAACCAGGACCAGCUCCUUCUCGUGCAGUCGACAGAUUUGGUUUUAUAAAGCCAGAACAAAGCAACUCACCUGAUGGAAUUCCAAAAGGCAAAUCUAUACAUGAACGUGAAAGGGAGGAAAGAAGGAUAAGAAAAUGGAGGAAGAUGAUAGGUGUUGGUGGUAGUGACUGGAAGCAUUAUGUUAGAAGGAACCCUCAUGUGGUUAAAAGGCGAAUAAGGAAAGGAAUUCCUGAUUGUCUCAGAGGACUUAUUUGGCAGUUGAUUUCAGGCAGUCGGGACCUCUUACUAAUGAACCCAGGGGUUUAUGAGACACUGGUGAUAUAUGAGACAUCGGCCUCUGAAUUGGAAAUUAUUCGUGACAUAUCACGCACAUUUCCAUCUCAUAUAUUCUUCCAACAAAGGCAUGGUCCAGGCCAAAGAUCCUUGUAUAACAUUUUGAAAGCAUAUUCUGUCUAUGACAGGGAUGUUGGAUAUGUGCAGGGUAUGGGAUUUAUAGCUGGGCUGCUGCUUCUUUAUAUGAGUGAGGAGGAUGCAUUCUGGUUAUUAGUCGCAUUGCUGAAGGGAGCUGUCCAUGCACCAAUGGAAGGCUUGUAUCAGGCUGGUUUGCCGCUCGUGCAGCAAUAUCUGUCUCAAUUUGAGAAAUUAGUUAUGGAGCUCAUGCCAAAAUUGGGACAACACUUUGUUGAAGAAAUGAUAAACCCAAGCAUGUAUGCAAGCCAAUGGUUUAUCACAGUUUUCACGUAUUCCUUCCCAUUUCAUCUAACUCUUAGAGUUUGGGAUGUGUUUCUUUAUGAGGGUAUUAAGGUUGUAUUCCAAGUUGGAUUGGCUCUAUUGAGAUUCUGUCAUGAUGAUUUGGUCAAAUUACCUUUUGAGAAACUGCUACAUUCCUUGAGAAAUUUCCCUGAGGAGGCAACAGAUCCAGAUGUCAUAUUGCCACUUGCCUUCUCAUUUAAGGUAUCGACUCGUCUUGAGGAGCUUCAGAAGGAGUAUCAGAAUCCAGGGGCAGGCACCAGUGAAACUUCAAGUAGCAAGCGGCUUCAGCCCCUCAUAUCGAAAACGAUGAGCAGGGUUGGUAGCCGUGUGGUGUCAAACUUAACUGCUGACAGAAAAUGA